AUGGAGAACAACGUUCCGAGAAGCUUCACGGUCACAGCGGUUGUUCUGGGUCUUGUCGUGGGCUUGAUUUUGAAGUUCACCGCCACGCUGUCCAAACUGGACAAAUUCCUGAUCCAAUUUCCCGGAGAGCUUAUAUUUCGUCUGCUGCAUGUGGUGACCACUCCUCUCCUCAUCACAGGUGUGAUGACAGGUGUUGCUCGUCUAAAACGUGGAUCUUCAGGAAGGAUGGCUUUUCGUGCGUCAGCCAUAACGACUUUGCUUUCUGUGACUUUGGCGCUGAUCCUGGCUCUGUCCAUCAAGCCAGGAGUGGAUUCCCUGAAAAAAGAACAUCCACAAGAUUCCAACGCCUUCUAUUUUCACGACGCCUUGUUGGAUCUAGUCAGGACCGUUAUCCCAACAAACCCGAUCCUGGACUGCUCCCGCAUGCACAAGACUGUGAGGUUUGUGGCUGAAGCGGAUGAGGAAAAUCUGCAGCCGAAUGCUGUGAGAAUUAAGAGGGGAUAUGUUCAAGGCACCAACAUAAUGGGCCUGACUGUCUGGGCCGCUAUUCUGGGCCUGUUUCUGGACAACAUGGCAGAACUUGGGGAAGCCUUUUUAGUGCGCUUUAGGAUCCUCAACGGGCCUCCCAUAUUUUGGUCCACUGGAUUCUGGGCCUGUUGCCACUUGCCAUCGUGUCCAUGGUCGCAGGCAUUGUCGUGCAGGCUGACGACUGGGAGAUAGCCAUCAAACUAGCACAGU